AGAGCAGCGCGGGGAACUGCUGCGCCAGGCGCGCGAGGUCCGUGAUGAAGGGGAGCGGGCGCAUGGUGGAGGGGAACGCGGAAGGGAACGCGGAAGGGAACGCGGAAGGGAACGCGGAAGGCUGGGAGACCACGGCGGAAGUGGGGAAUCCGCCAGCGGUAGGAGCAGCGGAAGACGAAGUGGAACUGGCGGCGGCGGUGCUGCUAGCGCUGUUGCUUGCGGUACUACUAUUACCCCCCAUGCUACUAUAAGUACCCAUGCUACGGUUCGGUCCCCACCCCCCUGCUCCCCCGCCUCCAGCACCGCCGCCCCUGCCUGGUCCGCUUCCGCCUGUGCGCGCAUCCCCCCCUCCCCUUCCGCUUCCCCCGGCUCCGCCAGAUCAGUUGGAGCUUGCGCCAAUGCCCGCGCCGGCUCCUCCGCCAGCUACCCCCCCUCCGCCCGCUCCCCGCCCGCAUCCGCCUACAGUCCCGCCGCCGUCGCUAGCGCCCCCGCCCCUGCCUCCCCCUCUUUUCGCGCCACGCCCGCCGCUUCCCCCUCCGCGAUCUCCUCCGCCACUUCCGCGGCCCUGCGCUGCCGCGGGCCCGCUAAACGCGGGGUUUGGCCCGAGAAUUCCGGAAGACGUGAGUUGCGGUCGAAGCAGUUGCGGCGGCUGCUGGCGCUGCGGCUGGCGCGCGCCUCGUCCGCGUCCCGCCUGACGAGACGGCACCUCGCUCCACUCCCCGUCAUCCAUAGUUACGAGAGGUAA